GAUCACUGCCAUCGGCAUGGUGAGAUUAUUAUAUGACCGUGAAGAGUAACACUCGUCGUGGUUUUCUUUCAGUUGUUAAACGACCUCAGACAUUGAUGGUAAAAUGCGAUCAGUUCGUCAUUGAAGUGAAAUUUUUUCUUCUUCAAUUUAUUUUAUGCGACUCGUUUUGUUUGACUAAGAAAAGUGCUAAAUAAUAACAAAUGGUAGACGUGAAUUAAAUGUAGUUUAGUGUGUCUAACAGACUGACUGUGUUAUUUAACUGUGAACGAGCAAAAAAAUACGAAAAAAACGAAGAAAUAAAGAGGAAUUUAAAGGAAAAGUGAUUCAUAAUUGAAAGUUUUCAUCAGAAGGUGAACGAUUCAAUCGUCGUUUGAAUAACUGCAAGAUACUUCAACCACCUGAAACGUUACACUUUAACGUUAAACGUUCGAUAAGCUCUUUUAAGCACAUACAAAUACGAACUCAAUAUGCGUCUUUGCUAAAUAUACAAAAGCGUACAAAUAUUUUGUUGUUGGGAAUUAAGAAAACGUUCAGUUUUCGUAAAUAUAAACGGCGAUGUCAGCCAUCGUAGGAACAGUUAAUGCGAUCGGCGGAGCGGCAGUAUCGGCUGCAAAUAGCGUUGGAUGGUUUAUACCGAUGUUAGUGGCAGCGGUGGCCUAUUUUCAAUAUGAGGAACUUAUGUCGCCGGAAUCUAGACCUAUCGACAUACCAUCGGAAAGUUUAUACGACAAGUACGAUUUUAUAAUAGUUGGAGCAGGGUCAGCGGGAGCUGUCCUUGCAAAUCGUCUAACUGAAGUGGAAAAUUGGAAUGUUCUAUUACUCGAGGCCGGUGGUGAUGAAACAGAAAUCUCCGAUGUCCCAUUAAUGGCAGGUUAUUUACAAUUAAGUAAACUGGAUUGGAAAUAUAAAAGUGAACCGCAAGGAACUGCAUGCUUAGCGAUGACUGGAGGUCGAUGCAACUGGCCUAGAGGAAAAGUAUUGGGUGGUUCGUCAGUACUGAAUUACAUGCUCUACUUGCGUGGUAAUAAGAAAGACUAUGAUAUUUGGGAGGCAUUAGGAAAUCCUGGGUGGGGUUACAGAGACGCACUCUACUACUUCAAAAAGUCGGAAGACAAUACAAAUCCAUAUUUAGCUGAAACUGCUUAUCACGGUACUGGUGGAUAUUUAACCGUUGGUGAAGCUCCAUUCCACACUCCGUUGGCCGCUGGAUUUGUCGAGGCUGGUGUCGAAAUGGGUUAUGAAAAUCAGGAUUUGAACGGAGAAAAAGGAACCGGAUUUAUGAUAGCGCAAGGAACUGUGAGACGUGGCAGUCGAUGUAGUACAUCGAAGGCAUUUCUUCGGCCUGCUCGAUUGAGAGCAAAUUUACACAUAGCAAUGUACUCACAUGUGACUCGAUUGAUGAUCGAUCCGAAUACUAAGCGUGCGUUUGGCGUAGAGUUCAUACGAGAUCGGAAAAUGCACUACAUUCGAGCCACAAAAGAAGUUAUUGUUUCAGCUGGUUCGAUUAAUUCGCCACAAAUUCUAAUGCUAUCUGGUAUCGGUCCGAAAGCUGAACUAGCCAAGCACCGAAUUCCAUUGAUAAAAGAUCUGGCAGUCGGUGAAAAUUUGCAGGAUCACAUAGGACUGGGCGGCUUGACGUUCAAAGUGAAUCAACCGAUUUCGAUUAUUGAAAGUCGACUUCAUUCCGUGUCGACAGUUUUGCAAUACGCCGUUUUCGGCCAAGGACCAUUGACGAUAUUAGGCGGUGUGGAGGGACUAGCAUUUGUGAAUACAAAAUACGCAAAUGUUACCGAUGACUUUCCCGACAUUGAAUUUCAUUUUGUGUCCGGUUCAACAAAUUCGGACAAUGGCAAUCAGUUGAGAAAAGCGCAUGGAUUGACGGAACGAUUUUACGAAACUGUUUACAGUGCGUUGAAUGAUAAGGAUACAUGGAGCAUCAUACCAAUGUUGUUGCGUCCGAGAAGCGUCGGUACGAUCCAAUUGAGAAGCAACAAUCCAUUCGACUAUCCGUACAUUUAUCCCAACUACUUCAAGGACGAUUUCGAUAUGAAAACGCUCGUCGAAGGCGUAAAAAUUGCAAUAGCCGUGUCUCGUACAAAGGCCAUGCAGAAAUACGGUUCUCAGCUUGUCGGUUACGACUUUCCCGGCUGUUCGCAUAUUCAAAAAUUCACCGACCUGUACUGGGAGUGUAUGAUCAGACAUUAUUCCGUCACAAUAUAUCAUCCCGUCGGUACAUGUAAAAUGGGUCCGUACUACGAUCCAACAGCGGUUGUCGAUCCUCAACUACGUGUCUAUGGAAUCAAGGGAUUACGUGUUAUCGACGCAAGUAUAAUGCCGAAAUUGGUAGGAUCGAAUACGAAUGCUCCGGUUAUUAUGAUUGCCGAAAAGGGCGCCGAUAUGAUAAAGGAUCACUGGGUGAAACAUAAUACUAUGGACUGGAACAGUCUCUAGACAAAUCACUUUCGGAUUGUGUAUGUGUGUUCGGAAAUGCGUCUUUACCGAUCAGAAGCGAUUGAUAUACUUGUGAUAUUAAAAAUACAUUGACGGAUGACUGAUAGUUACAAUUUAGUGGCUUUUGUGUACGACUUAUUGUGCUGAAGACUGUACAAUUCAUAUGGAUAUUUGAAUGACAAAAUUAGUUUUAUAAUUAGGCUAGAAAUUGGAUUUCGUCUACAAAGUGUACGCGGAGAAAGUGUUUGAAGAAUUAAAUUAUUUUACGACAAAAA